AACCAUCCAAACCAAAGCCCUUAACAUUUCCCUUCAUCCUUUUCUUGAUUGCCCUCCUAAUUUUCACCAUCCACUACCUAAAACAACUCCAUAAUGAGUUCCACACACACCCUAAAUCAGCAAGAAACCCUAAAUGGUUUGAGGUUGUUGCACGAGAGAUGGGAGACGAGAACAUCAACAUAGGGUUUGUGAACAUGGAUGAAACAAUGAUAAAGGAUGAAGUUCACACGAGGGGGAAGACGGUAAAGGUACGGCUCAACCCAGUGGACGAGGGCAUUGAGUGGUCGGACUUGUUUCCAGAGUGGAUCAAUGAGAACUCACCUUCGAACUGCCCGGAGUUCCCUAUGCCUAAAUUCGAGGAUUAUGGGAAGUUGGAUGUUGUAGUUGCUAGGGUUCCUUGUACAGGAGAUAGUGGUAUGAGGAAUGUUUUUAGGUUGCAAGUGAAUCUAGUGGUAGCUAACUUGUUGGUAAGAAGUGGGAGGGUGGAAAAUGGGGUUAGUAGACCAGUAUUUGCUGUGUUUAUAGGCUCAUGUGGACCAAUGUGGGAGAUUUUUAGAUGUGAUGAUCUCUUGUGGCAUGAUGGCAACUCUUGGGUAUACAAACCUGAAUUGAGGAGGAUCAAACAAAAGGUGUUCAUGCCUGUGGGUAGCUGCCAACUUGCCCCUCCAUUUGCCCAAUCUGGGGAAGAAUUAUGGAGAAGGCACAGCGUGACAAGCAACAACCACAUGCCAAGAGAGGCUUAUGUUACUGUACUACAUUCUUCAGAAGCCUAUGUAUGUGGUGCAAUAGCUCUAGCCCAAAGCAUCAUUCAAUCAAACUCAACCAAAGACCUCGUCUUGCUGGCCGACGACCACAUUUCUGAAAAAUCCAUUCAGGGCCUCCGGUCAGCUGGAUGGAAAAUCAAGCGGAUCAAACGAAUAAGGAGCCCUCAUUCGAAGAAAGAUGCCUAUAAUGAGUGGAAUUACAGCAAGCUCCGGAUAUGGCAACUAAGAGAAUAUGACAAAGUCAUGUUCAUAGACUCUGAUCUCAUUGUGACAAGAAACUUAGAUGACUUCUUCAUUUACCCACAACUGUCAGCUGUUGGUAACGAUAAGCACAUUUUCAACUCAGGGUUGAUGUUAGUAGAGCCGUCUAUGUGCACGUUCAAGACCCUGAUGAAGAAAAGAUUCGUGGUGGGGUCGUAUAAUGGGGGUGAUCAGGGGUUUCUCAAUGAAGUUUUCCCCUGGUGGCACCGCCUUCCGGCCAAGCUGAAUCAGCUCAAGUUCUUUGGCUCUAAUCAUGAUUAUACACAUGAGAUACCUCAUGAUAUGUACACUAUACAUUACCUUGGUUUGAAGCCCUGGAUGUGUUAUAAAGACUAUGAUUGUAACUGGGAUAAGUUGGAAACUCAAAAAUUCGCCAGUGAUUCGGCUAAUGAGAGGUGGUGGCGUGUUUACGACACCAUGCCUAAGAAGCUGAGACAUUUUUGCUCCUUGACUCCUGCAAUGGAUGUCAGGAUCCAGAAGUACAGAAAUAGAGCAAAGAAUGCUAGUUUUCCUGAUGGACACUGGAAGAUCAAGGUUAAAGACCCUAGAAGAAAUCAAUGUGAUUCUUUCUAUUAAUAGCAAACAAAAUUUGGAAGUCAUAUAGGGAGAGGAUAGUUCUACAAGCAAAUCCUGUAGAACUACUGUAGCUGUUAAAAGUUAUUUGAUGUUUUCGAAUCCCUAAACUUCAAUGAUAGUAUUCAUCUAGAAUCAUGAUUGGAUAUUCUCAAACAAUCCUGACAAAGAUUUCUCCAGACGUUGAAGUGAAUAAAUUACCGGUUCAACUUCAGAACAUCAUUAUACAUCAUGUGCGUAAAUACAUUUACACAACCAUAAAGACCUUGAAGCAUGUCGAAAACAAGCAAGAACAGAAGCUCGACAGACGACACGACACACUUAAACAGAGAAUUACAAGAUUAAUAAAUGUAUAGUAAUAUCCAAUGCAAUUAGAAAAAUCUGUUGUAUUGACUGGUGAGAGAAUCCCUCAGAUUUGAGUAAAGGCCGAAGAGGGAAUACUGACGAAGGUUUUUAACCUCAUACCAUGAGUUGAAAACCGCCUCAUGCUUG